AUCCCAGAGCUAGAGAACUCUCUGUUCGCAUUCCAGGCAUCUUUCGCCAGGAACGCCCGCGACAAAUUGUACAUCCAGGAAAUGAAUAUGAACAAGUCGGCGCCGAAAAGGAGCUGUAAUGAUCAUACAUUAGUCUAUCCGUUCAAAUGCUAUAAGGAUGAAUCGGCGCAAAGUUACAACACGUCGCAAGGAAAAGCGAGCAAGGAAAUGGAGGACGAGAGAUUGAAAAACAUCGACCCGGACACGAUCAAGCUGAUCAAAAAUAACAUCAUGCAUCCGAGUGAAACGACAUCGUGGGCCACAACGUGGGACGACAACGUGGUCUUCGCCGGGCUCGAAGACAUCAAGAAGAUCAUCAUGUCGGAUGUGCUCCCCAUGUUGUGGUCGUAUCUCCGCUAUCAGCCAGCCAACAUCUUGCUGUUUGGCCCACCCGGCACGGAAAAGUUCCUCAUCGGCAAGUACAUAGCUUCGCAGAGCAAGUCCACGUUCUUCUCCAUUUCAGCGAGCUUUUUGAUCAAGUGGAUCGGCGACAGCGAGAAGCUAGUGCAAGCGCUGUUCGCGGUGGCCAGGGUCUAUCAGCCGUCUAUCAUCUUCAUUGACGAGAUCGAUUGGCUGCUAACGCAGACAGACGGAUGCUCCAGUCGGGUGAUGUCGGAGUUCAUGGAGCAGAUGGACGACAUAGCGAGGUCCGAGGACGAUCACAUUCUGAUCGUCGGCGCGACCAGUCGGCCACAAGAUCUGGACAUGGCGGUGACGAGGAGGUAUUUCAAGAGACUGUACGUUUCUCUGCCGGAUCUCGGGGCGCGCAAGCAAAUAAUAAUUAUUUUAUUGAAAUCGCUGAAACACACACUUAACGAAGAGGAUAUCACGACGAUUGCGGAGAAGACGGUCGGAUAUUCUGGCUCCGACAUGGAGAGUCUCUACCUCAAAGCGGCAGAUGCAGCCACGAAGCAUAUUGGUCAAUUAAAAAAUAUAAAGGAAGAACAAUCGCACUUAACGAAUCGUGACUUCGAGGUGGCGCUGAAGAACACGCGACCCAGCGUGUCUCAGUCGGAUCUGAACGUUUACAUGAAAUGGAGUUGCAUUUAUGCUAUGAAAUCACUACUAGACCGAAUAUAAAGGUUCUGCGAUAUCCCAGACCAAGAGAUGUAGGCAAUUAAAAUUGGAAACAACUAUGCAGCAGCUAAAUGAUUUUGAGUUACUUAAAUACUUUGAAAAAGCAAGUAUUGUCUAAACUUUUUCUUGUGCAAGAUACAAUUAUUUUUGAAGAUCGAAACUUCAAACGGCAAGCUUUUUUUUAUUUAAGAUAAUACAUUUUUAUAAAGAAUCAUUUAUGAAAAAGUUAAUUUUGCUAAAUGAUUUUGAGUUACUUAAAUACUU